AUGAGCCAAUCAGAGGGCAGAGAUGUCUUCAAGCUGAGCCGUGAUUGGCUGUCUGUACAGGAGGUGGUGGACGCCGUCAGCAGCCCGUCCUGCGGAGCCAUUUCACUUUUUAUAGGAACGACCCGGCAGGACCAACUGGAUGGCAGGAAGGUGAUUGGUCUGGAGUACGAGGCCUAUGAGCCCAUGGUCCAAUCAGAGCUGAGGACGCUGAGCGCCGACAUCAGACAGCGCUGGCCCGCCGUCACACAUGUCUGCAUCCACCACCGGCUGGGGUGGGUGGAGGUGGGCGGGGCCAGUGUGGUGGCGGCAGUGUCGUCCCCUCACCGUCAGGACGCCCAGCAGGCGGUGGAGCAUGCCGUCAGCCAGCUGAAGGCCCACGUCCCCAUCUGGAAAAAGGAAGUGUACGACACGCAGGAGGCGAGCUGGAAGCAGAACGUUGAGUGUCCGUGGGCAAAACGCCACAAACACGCUGACGACUCCUGAGCUGCACUUUAUUAAUAAACUUUAUUAUCACUG